AUGUCGGACUAUCAUCGAGAUGUCUCGCAAUACAAGUACUCGGCCAUGUCCAACCUGGUCCUCCAGGCGGACCGUCGGUUUGUCACCAGACGCACCGACGAGGCCACCGGAGAUCCAGAGUCGCUGGCCGGGCGCUUGUCCAUCAAGGAGAUGGGCUCCCGCGUAGCUCGCGACACGGCGCCCAAGCCGAAAAAGACCGGCGCCAUGCCGGACGUGGAGCGAGGGAGCAUGCGGGAAGGAGCCGACAUACUGCAGCAUGUCAAGCAGAAGGGCAAGGCCGACGCACGUGGUGGCGGUAUUCUGUCCGGCGCUGACGCUCUGAUCGAGGGUAUCCGGUAUCGGCCAAGGACGCAGCCUACUCGGGACGCGUUCAACCUCAUCCUGAGCAUCGUGGCAGAGCACCUUGGUGAUGUUCCCCACGAGGUUGUACGGAGUGCUGCCGACGCGGCGCUAGAGUACCUCAAGGACGAUGAUCUGAAAGAUUUUGACAAGAAGAAGGAGAUCGACGAUAUUCUGGGCGCAUCCAUGAGCCCCAAGCAGUUCAACGAGCUGGUAAACCUGGGAAAAAAAAUCACAGACUACGAUGCACAGGACGAAGACGAGGACAUGGAAGACGUAAAACGAGCCGGCGAGGACGAGAUUGACGGCCGGCAGGGCGUUGCUGUCAACUUCGAGAACGAGGAAGAAGACAACGGCAUGCUCGACGUGGUCCGCGACGAAUCCUCGGAUGACGAGGAGUUGGACGAGGAAGACGAAGAACCCGGUCAACAGGGAGUCGCCGAAGGUGGGGAGGCAGACCAAAACCGCGAUGGGGAGGACGCAGGUUUGGAAGAUGGCGAGGCCAUGGUGAUCGACGUGGUCCCCGACGGGAAGACCAAGUCGCAGGAGAAGAACUACGUCCCUGCCCGGGAUAUCGAUGCGUACUGGUUGCAACGCCAGAUUGGCCGCCUCUAUCCUGAUGCCCACAUACAACACGACAAGACCCUGCAAGCUUUGAAGAUCCUAUCGGGAGAGCCGGAUGAGCCCGACGGCGAAGAGAAGCAGCUCCGAGAUAUCGAGAACGACCUGAUGGAGCUUUUCGACUAUGAGCACCACGAGAUCGUCCAAAAACUCAUGGAGAACCGCGAGAAGGUUGUCUGGCUCACACGGUUGACAAGAGCCGAGGACCGGAAGGAGCGCGAGACCAUUGAGCGAGAGAUGGCGUCGGAAGGAUUGCGGUGGAUUCUUGACGAGUUGCACGGCAAGCCCAAAGACGAUCAGAGGAAACCGAAGAUGGAAAUCAAGAUGGACAUCGACAAGGGCGUUUUUGCAGACGCGCAGCCUCAGAAGCAGGAGCGGCCUGAGGGGCAGCUGGUCGGAGGGUUACAACCCAAAAAGCUGAUGAACUUGGAAAAUAUGGUUUUCGACCAGGGAAACCAUCUCAUGACCAACCCUCGGGUCACGCUGCCAGAGGGCACGACGAAGCGGACUUUCAAGGGGUAUGAAGAGGUACACAUUCCUCUGCCCAAGAAGCGAACCGACCCCAACGACAAGAAUAUUCUCGUUUCGGAGAUGCCCGAGUGGGCUCAGGCGCCCUUCAGCACGGUCAAGUCGCUAAACAAGAUUCAAUCCGAGUGUUAUCCCACCGCCUUUCAGGACGACGGAAACAUGCUUGUGUGCGCCCCGACCGGCAGUGGCAAAACCAACGUCGCCGUGCUCACCAUGCUCCGUGAAAUUGGCAAAAACAGGAAUAGCAGAGGAGAGAUCGAUUUGGACGCGUUCAAAAUCGUCUACAUCGCUCCCCUAAAGGCCCUCGUGCAGGAACAGGUUGGGAAUUUUGGGAAGAGGUUGGCGCCGUAUGGCAUCAAGGUCUCGGAGCUGACGGGUGAUCGCCAACUCACCAAGCAGCAAAUUUCCGAGACUCAGGUAAUUGUGACAACCCCUGAAAAAUGGGACGUCAUCACCAGAAAGGCAACCGACAUCUCCUACACCAACCUCGUCCGGUUGAUCAUCAUCGACGAGAUCCAUCUCCUACACGACGACCGCGGCCCAGUCCUCGAAAGCAUUGUCAGCAGGACUAUCCGACGCACCGAACAGACGGGUGAACCAGUCCGCAUCAUCGGCUUGUCUGCGACGUUGCCCAACUAUCGGGAUGUUGCCAGUUUUCUCCGGGUUGACUUCAGCAAGGGCAUGUUUCAUUUCGACGCCUCAUAUCGCCCCUGCCCCCUGCGUCAAGAGUUCAUUGGCGUCACAGACAAGAAGGCAAUUAAGCAGCUCAAGACGAUGAAUGAUAUCACCUACCAAAAGGUCCUCGAGCACGUCGGACAGAAUCGCAACCAGAUGCUGAUAUUCGUGCAUUCGAGGAAAGAGACGGCGAAGACAGCGAAGUACAUUCGAGACAAGGCCUUGGAGAUGGAAACCAUUGAUCAGAUUCUAAAACACGAUGCCGCAACCCGCGAGGUCUUGAGCGUGGCGGCCAGCUCGGUCAGCAACACGGAUCUCAAAGACAUCCUGCCGUACGGAUUUGGAAUCCAUCAUGCCGGUAUGACGCGUGAAGACAGGACCGAUGUCGAGGACCUCUUCGCAGCCGGGCAUAUCCAUGUUCUUGUUUGCACGGCUACGCUUGCCUGGGGAGUCAACCUUCCCGCCCAUACAGUCAUCAUCAAAGGCACCCAAGUCUACUCCCCGGAGAAGGGUAGUUGGGUCGAACUGAGUCCUCAGGAUGUCCUGCAAAUGCUUGGGCGUGCCGGUCGUCCUCAGUUCGACAAAUACGGUGAAGGCAUUAUCAUCACAACCCAAGGCGAGAUCCCGUACUAUCUGUCGCUGCUCAACCAGCAGCUGCCAAUCGAAAGCCAGCUCGCGAGCAAACUGGUUGACAACCUCAAUGCUGAGAUUGUCCUCGGCAACAUACGGAGCCGCGAUGAGGGUGUUGAGUGGCUCGGAUACACCUAUCUGUUUGUCCGGAUGCUUCGGUCUCCUGGGCUAUACAGCGUCGGCGCCGAGUACGAGGACGAUGUGGCCCUCGAGCAGAAGCGCGUGGAUCUGAUCCACUCCGCUGCAACCGUCCUGAAAAAAUCCAACCUGAUCAAGUACGAUGAGAAGACCGGCAAGAUGCAGUCGACCGAGCUCGGACGCAUUGCGUCCCAUUACUACAUCACACACACCUCGAUGGACACGUACAACAAGCUGAUUCAGCCAUCAAUGAAUGACGUCGAGCUCUUCCGUGUCUUUGCGCAGAGCGGCGAGUUCAAGUAUAUUCCUGUCCGUCAAGAGGAAAAGCUCGAGCUUGCAAAAAUUCUUGCUCGUGUUCCAAUCCCUGUCAAGGAGAGCAUUGAAGAGCCGACGGCCAAGAUUAACGUCCUUCUCCAGGCCUACAUCUCGCGCCUCAAGCUUGAGGGGCUGGCUCUCAUGGCCGAUAUGGUGUACGUUACCCAGUCUGCUGGGCGUAUCCUCCGCGCCAUUUUCGAGAUCACUCUGAAGAAAGGCUGGGCGUCUGUCGCCAAGCUGGCUUUGAAUCUCUGCAAAAUGGCCGAGAAGAGGAUGUGGCCGACCAUGUCGCCCCUCAGGCAGUUUCCCAAGUGCCCUGCCGAGAUCGUGAGGAAGGCAGAAAGGAUAGACGUUCCCUUUAGCAGUUACUUCGACCUGGAUCCGCCUCGAAUGGGCGAGCUGCUUGGCUUGCCAAAGGCUGGAAAGACUGUGUGCGGCUUGGUCGCCAAAUUCCCUCGGGUCGAGAUCCAGGCCAAUGUGCAGCCAAUGACAAGGUCCAUGCUCCGUGUCGAGCUGACCAUUACCCCGAACUUUGAGUGGGACAUCGACAUCCACGGCCUGUCAGAAAGCUUUUGGAUUGUCGUCGAAGACUGUGAUGGCGAAGAUAUCCUCUACCAUGAUCAGUUCAUUCUGCGCAAGGAGUAUGCUGAGGCCGAGACGAAGGAGCACAUCGUCGAGUUCACCGUGCCGAUCUCCGAGCCCAUGCCGCCGAACUACUUCAUCUCGGUCAUUUCUGACAGGUGGAUGCACUCCGAGACUCGCUUGGCCGUGUCUUUCCAGAAACUCAUCUUGCCGGAGCGGUUCCCUCCACACACCGAGCUGCUUGACCUGCAGCCGCUCCCAGUGGCCGCUCUGAAGGCAAAGGACUACACUACUCUCUAUCCCGACUGGCAGCAGUUUAACAAGGUGCAGACGCAGACAUUCAAUUCCCUCUACAGCACAGACAAUAAUGUCCUGGUCGCAUCACCAACUGGCAGCGGCAAAACGGUUUGCGCCGAGUUCGCUCUGCUGCGGCACUGGGGCCGGCAAGACGCCGGGCGCGCGGUCUACAUCGCACCCUUUCAGGAGUUGGUGGACCAGCGGUUCCAGGACUGGCAGAAGCGUUUCUCCAAUCUACGAGGAGGCAAAGAUAUUGUGAAGCUAACCGGAGAAACAACGGCCGAUUUGAAACUGCUCGAGCAGGGAGACCUAAUCUUGGCCACUCCUCUCCAAUGGGACACACUUUCCCGGCAGUGGAAGAGGAGAAAGAACGUCCAGACCGUGGAGCUGUUCAUCGCGGACGAGCUGCACAUGCUAGGCGGUCAAAUGGGGUACAUUUACGAGAUCAUUGUCUCUCGGAUGCACUACAUCCGUACGCAAACGGAGCUGCCAAUGAGGAUUGUUGGCCUCAGCGUCUCCCUCGCCAAUGCUCGCGAUAUUGGGGAGUGGAUCGAUGCGAAGAAGCAUGACAUUUACAACUUCAGCCCACACGUGCGUGCGGUGCCUCUCGAGCUUCAUAUUCAGUCCUACACCAUCCCUCACUUCCCGUCUCUCAUGCUCGCCAUGGCGAAGCCGACAUAUCUCGCGGUUACCCAGCUCUCGGCGAACCAGCCAGCCAUCAUCUUCGUGCCCAGUCGUAAGCAGACCAGAGCGACGGCUCGGGAUCUUCUCACGGCGUGUCUAACGGAUGACGACGAAGACCGGUUCUUGAACGUGGAGGUGGACCAAAUUCGCAAGCUCCUCGACCGAGUCCAGGAGGAGGCGCUUGCCGAGGCGCUUUCCCAUGGUGUGGGCUACUUUCACGAAGCCCUGACCCUGAGUGACAAGCGCAUCGUCAAGCACCUUUACAACAACGGCGCGAUCCAAGUGCUGGUCGCUUCUCGGGACGUCUGCUGGGAGCUUGAUUGCACAGCACAGCUGGUGGUGGUCAUGGGGACGCAGUACUUCGAAGGCAGGGAGCACCGCUACGUCGACUACUCCCUCAGCGAGGUACUCCAGAUGUUUGGCAAGGCUGUGCAGCCAGCCAAGGAUGGGCGUAGUCGCGGCGUACUAAUGCUUCCGGGGGUGAAGCGUGAGUACUACAAGAAGUUCCUCAACGAAGCCCUGCCGGUCGAGUCGCAUCUUCACAAUUUCCUCCAUGAUGCCUUCGUUACAGAAAUCAGCACCAAGAUGAUCGAGUCCGGUGAGGAUGCCAUCAACUGGGCCACCUUUACGUACUUCUACCGGCGGCUGCUUGCCAACCCCAGCUACUACAGCCUGACGGAUCCUACGCACGAGGGCCUGAGCCAAUAUCUCUCCGACAUGGUCGAGGCGACACUGAAGGAGUUGGCGGACUCGAAGAUUAUCGAGAUGGACGAGGAUGAGGGAACCGUUGCGCCACAGAAUGCGGCGAUGAUUGCGGCCUACUACAACAUCUCGUACACGACAAUGGAGACAUUCCUAUUGUCGUUGCGUCAGACGACCAAGCUGAAGGGCAUCCUCGAGAUCGUUACAUCGGCCACCGAGUUUGAGUCCAUCCAGAUCAGGCGGCACGAGGAGGCCAUCCUUCGGCGCAUCUACGACAACGUCCCGGUGAAGAUGAAGGAGCCCGUCUACGACUCGCCUCAUUUCAAGGCAUUCGUCCUCGUUCAGGCACACUUCUCCAGGAUGAACCUGCCGAUUGAUCUCGCCAAAGACCAGGAGGUCAUCUUGACCAAGAUCCUCAGCCUCCUAAGCGCCACGGUCGAUAUCCUUUCGUCCGAGGGCCACUUGAACGCGAUGAAUGCCAUGGAAAUGUCGCAGAUGGUGGUCCAGGCCAUGUGGGACCGCGAUAGCCCGCUGAAGCAGAUUCCCAACUUCACGCCAGAAGUGAUCAAGGCGGCGAACAAGCACGGCGUCAGCGACAUUUUCGACUUCAUGGAGAAGAUGAAUCCCGAAGAGAACCCGGACUACGAGUCGCUCGUCCAGGACCUGGGCCUCUCCCAAGCGCAGCUCGCGCAGGCGGCCCACUUCACCAACACCAAGUAUCCGGACAUCUCGCUCGAGUUUGAGGUUGAGGACAAGGAGAGCAUACGGGCCGGCGAGCCGGCGUACCUCAAGAUCCACAUCGAGCGCGAGCUAGACGAGGACAGCGAGUUCGACCCGACGGUACACGCGCCGUUCUAUCCGGGCAAGAAGACGGAGAAUUGGUGGCUCGUGGUGGGCGAGGAAAACUCGAGGACCAUGUUCGCCAUCAAGCGGGUCACGGUUGGGCGCGAGCACAACCUCAGGCUGGAGUUCACCGUGCCUACCCCCGGCCGGCACGACCUGAAGCUGUUUUUGAUGAGCGACAGCUAUGUCGGCGUGGAUCAGGAGCCUGCUUUCUCUGUCAUGGUUGAGGAGGGGAUGGAUGUCGAUGAGAGCGGGGAGGAGGAGGAGGAGGAGUGA